AUGCCGAAAGAUCGAAAAAAGGACGCCCCAGGAUUCCCGAAGUCCAUUCCGGGUACACCAAAGAUGAAACGGGAUGCCAAGAUGGCAUGUGAACCAUCAGUGGAGGCAAUACAGCAAUUUCUCGAAAAGCAAAUGGACUUUCAAAACGACUGUUUCGACAUGCUGAGAGAUCACAACUCCCACAACCCUGACAUCGAAUGGCAAAUCCAGGACGGAAUCGGCGCUAACGCAAUUCUCCCAAGAGAAAAGGCUCGGCUGAAGUUAGUCAAAAUACCGUCCUUCACUGAAACCGGCACAACCCAAUUCCCACCACACAACACACGCCUCUGCGAUGAAUUAGUCUAUCUGGCAACCAAGUCACUAAAAUUCCAGGACCGUGCCCGUUGGUACCCAUAUGACCUCAACAAAAGCGGCGACAUUAACCCAAACCGCGUGCCGUCAGGCGCGGCGCCCAUAAUCUGGGCCCAUGGCCUUCCAUUCUUCCCAGUCUAUAAAGGCUACUACAUCCUCUGCGGUCGUGAACAUGCAACCUGUAUCGGCUGGCUGAUCAACGAAUACAAUACGAGCGUCACAAAAGCCCAUCCAAUCUGGUCUGUUGGCGCGGUGGUUGCACCUGAAUCUGCAGCACGGGCUUUCCACAAGAUCGACCGCCAGAUGAGCCUCCACAAGCCGUUUGGACAGGAUGCCGAAGCUUGCUAUCGGAGUGCGGCUACCGCUCGUGACAUCCUCUCGGCUGAUCAUCACCACUGCGCGAUAGUCCCUCAUCUCAAUCUUUCCCUCCAGGUUUACCCGUUGUGGGCUUUCCACGGGUACAAUGUCCGCUGUGGCCCUCCGGACGCUUAUGGCGAAGCCACGACUGUUCAGAAAGCGUUCUUCGAUAGCAAGGGGUUGGGGGCAAAAUAUCUUUCCUUGAUUCGUCCCUAUUCAAACAUCUAUUCUGACAAACCCGAGGACUCGGCUGAGUUGAACGAUACCAGUAGCUCUGAGAAGCUCGAUGACUCUGUUAAUAUCGCAGACACGAAGGCUCCUGUUCCAAUGGUUGAGGGCAAUGACACGGUGCUUUCUCUGCCUGCUGAAACCCAUCCCCGCAAGGGACCCGCUGAUUUCAUGCAUAGUAUCGAGACACAGGAUACUGUUCCAAUUGAUGAGGAGCAUGGCACAUUGCUCGUCUUGCCCGUUGAAGCCUUCCAUACUGAUACAUCAAUGGCGGAGACAAACCUAGAAAUGGAACUGGAAAUCAAACCCCCGCCCAUCAAUCCCAUUGCUCAGAUCACUGAGAACUCCGCGGAACAGAUUGCCAUCUUGCAUUCUGCACCCUUGUUUGGACUCGAAUUACCUCCUGGGCUUGAACUUUCUUUUGGUCUUGAGUCAUCUUCUGAACCUGCACUGUCUCCUAUACUUGAACCGUCUCUUGGGGUUGAAUUAUUUCCUGGGAUUGACUCAUCUCCUACAGAUGAUGAGGUUGCUGUUUAG